UGGUUCUUCCCUUGCAAGAAAGUGGCUUCUCUUUUCCUCCAAGCGUUGCAUGGGUGGCCCCUUCUGGGAUCUGGACCUCAUAGCAUCUCCAGUUAGGGCAAUCUUAGCCUUGAGGCAUAAAUUAACUGACAACAACAAAGUUCCUUGUGCCCUGUUGGAGGCUUCCUUGGAGCACACCCAAAUCAAAGAUGGAAGAGGAAGACUCAGCUGCCCCUGAAUCAGGAAGAGGCCCCAAUACCAUUGAGACUGGGAGCAGUGGGGAAUUCUGGGAAAGAACCAUGCAGAAGAUCUCUGGUGAGGAGGACACCCUCAGCAAAGAUGUCCAGUGCCGUCGGUUCAGGAAGUUCUGCUACCAGAAGGCUGAGGGCCCCCGAGUGGUUUGCAGCCAACUCCACCAUCUUUGCCAUCAGUGGCUGAAGCCAGAGUGGCACACAAAGAAACAGAUCCUGGACUUGGUGAUCCUGGAGCAGUUCCUGGCUGUCCUGCCCCCAGAGAUAGCGAGCUGGGUGAGGGAGUGUGGAGCGGAGACCAGUUCCCAGGCGGUGGCCCUGGCCGAAGGUUUCCUCCUGAGCCUGGCAGAGGACGAGAAGCAGGAAGAGCAGCAGGUAAAAAGUCUGUUUGCAGAACUGGGCACUGAUUUCCCUGAGGCAGAGAAGGCUCCAUCAGACCCCAGGCAGAGGCCGCUGGGCGAUAAUGGCGUGAUACCUACUCAGGUAUCACAUCUCCAUCGCGGAGCGGAAGCAGCUGCUGUGGACCUGGAUCAGCAUUUAGUCACCCUCGAAGAUGUGGCUGUGUACUUCACAGAGGAGGAGUGGGCCCUGCUGGAUCCUGACCAGAGAGCUCUACAUAGGGAAGUCACGGAGGAGAAUUGUGGGACUCUGGCCUCUCUCGAAGGUGAUAAAUGGGAAACUAGGAAUAAGGAACAAUGUGGGAAAGAGACACAGGAAAGAGACAAAUAUACAAUGAAGAAAUGGCAAAGAAGGAAAACUGAAGAGAAGAGAAGGAAUAAAUCUUCUGUUUCUGAGGAUAGUGACUACCAUAAAAUUACACUCAAACAAUGUUUGGAAUGUGGAAAGAACUUCCAUUACAGUUCUACCCUUACUUCACAUCAGAGAAUUCACACAGGGGAGAAACCAUACAAAUGUAUGGAAUGUGGAAAGAGCUUCAGUCAGAAGAUACAUCUCACUAAUCAUCAACGAGUUCACACCGGGGAGAAACCGUAUAAAUGUUUGGAGUGUGGGAAGGGCUUCAGAAGCUGUUCUGGCUUUGCUUACCAUAAAAAAAUUCAUACAGGGGAGAAGCCAUAUAAAUGCUUGGAAUGUGGAAAGGGCUUCUUUCAAAAGGUUGACCUUUCUUCCCAUCAAAGAAGUCACACAGCAGAGAAACCAUAUAAAUGCCUGGAAUGUGGAAAGGGCUUUCGUCAUAUUUCUAGCCUAGCUUACCAUCAAAUAAUUCACAUGGAGAAACCAUAUAAAUGUUUAGAAUGUGGAAGGAGCUUCUGUCAGAAGACAAAUCUUGCUACUCAUCAAAUAAUUCACACAGGGAAGAAGUCAUUUAAAUGUUUGGAGUGUGGAAAGAGUUUCCCGUACAUUUCUAAUCUUACUACCCAUCAAAGAAUUCACACAGGGGAGAAGCCAUAUAAAUGCUUGGAAUGUGGAAAGAGCUUCACUCGGAAAAUACAUCUCAUUAACCAUCAAAGAAUUCAUACUGGGGAAAAACCCUAUAUAUGCUUGGAAUGUGGUAAGAGCUUCAGUCAGAAAUCAAAUCUCACUUCUCAUCAAAGAAUUCAUACUGGGGAGAAACAAUAUAAAUGCUUAGAAUGUGGAAACAGCUUCAGUAGCAAGAUGAGUUUUGUUGCCCAUCAAAGAAUUCACAUGGCAACAACAAAGUUCCUUGUGCCCUGUUGGAGGCUUCCUUGGAGCACACCCAAAUCAAAGAUGGAAGAGGAAGACUCAGCUGCCCCUGAAUCAGGAAGAGGCCCCAAUACCAUUGAGACUGGGAGCAGUGGGGAAUUCUGGGAAAGAACCAUGCAGAAGAUCUCUGGUGAGGAGGACACCCUCAGCAAAGAUGUCCAGUGCCAUCGGUUCAGGAAGUUCUGCUACCAGAAGGCUGAGGGCCCCCGAGUGGUUUGCAGCCAACUCCACCAUCUUUGCCAUCAGUGGCUGAAGCCAGAGUGGCACACAAAGAAACAGAUCCUGGACUUGGUGAUCCUGGAGCAGUUCCUGGCUGUCCUGCCCCCAGAGAUAGCGAGCUGGGUGAGGGAGUGUGGAGCGGAGACCAGUUCCCAGGCGGUGGCCCUGGCCGAAGGUUUCCUCCUGAGCCUGGCAGAGGACGAGAAGCAGGAAGAGCAGCAGGUAAAAAGUCUGUUUGCAGAAUUGGGCACUGAUUUCCCUGAGGCAGAGAAGGCUCCAUCAGACCCCAGGCAGAGGCCGCUGGGCGAUAAUGGCGUGAUACCUACUCAGGUAUCACAUCUCCAUCGCGGAGCGGAAGCAGCUGCUGUGGACCUGGAUCAGCAUUUAGUCACCCUCGAAGAUGUGGCUGUGUACUUCACAGAGGAGGAGUGGGCCCUGCUGGAUCCUGACCAGAGAGCUCUACAUAGGGAAGUCACGGAGGAGAAUUGUGGGACUCUGGCCUCUCUCGAAGGUGAUAAAUGGGAAACUAGGAAUAAGGAACAAUGUGGGAAAGAGACACAGGAAAGAGACAAAUAUACAAUGAAGAAAUGGCGAAGAAGGAAAACUGAAGAGAAGAGAAGGAAUAAAUCUUCUGUUUCUGAGGAUAGUGACUACCAUAAAAUUACACUCAAACAAUGUUUGGAAUGUGGAAAGAACUUCCAUUACAGUUCUACCCUUACUUCACAUCAGAGAAUUCACACAGGGGAGAAACCAUACAAAUGUAUGGAAUGUGGAAAGAGCUUCAGUCAGAAGAUACAUCUCACUAAUCAUCAACGAGUUCACACCGGGGAGAAACCGUAUAAAUGUUUGGAGUGUGGGAAGGGCUUCAGAAGCUGUUCUGGCUUUGCUUACCAUAAAAAAAUUCAUACAGGGGAGAAGCCAUAUAAAUGCUUGGAAUGUGGAAAGGGCUUCUUUCAAAAGGUUGACCUUUCUUCCCAUCAAAGAAGUCACACAGCAGAGAAACCAUAUAAAUGCUUGGAAUGUGGAAAGGGCUUUCGUCAUAUUUCUAGCCUAGCUUACCAUCAAAUAAUUCACAUGGAGAAACCAUAUAAAUGUUUAGAAUGUGGAAGGAGCUUCUGUCAGAAGACAAAUCUUGCUACUCAUCAAAUAAUUCACACAGGGAAGAAGUCAUUUAAAUGUUUGGAGUGUGGAAAGAGUUUCCCGUACAUUUCUAAUCUUACUACCCAUCAAAGAAUUCACACAGGGGAGAAGCCAUAUAAAUGCUUGGAAUGUGGAAAGAGCUUCACUCGGAAAAUACAUCUCAUUAACCAUCAAAGAAUUCAUACUGGGGAAAAACCCUAUAUAUGCUUGGAAUGUGGUAAGAGCUUCAGUCAGAAAUCAAAUCUCACUUCUCAUCAAAGAAUUCAUACUGGGGAGAAACAAUAUAAAUGCUUAGAAUGUGGAAACAGCUUCAGUAGCAAGAUAAGUUUUGUUGCCCAUCAAAGAAUUCACAUGGGCGAGAAACCAUAAAAGUGCUUAAAGUGUGGAAAGAGCUUCAAAAGAAGCACAAACUUUCAGUGUGUUAUCCAAGAAUUCACAAAGGUGGGAAGCCAUAUUAAUACUUGAGUAUAGAAAAAGCUUCAGUAAGAAGAUACAGCUCAAAGAAUUCUCACGGGAAAAUCAGUCUAAAAGCUUGGAACCUGGAGAUGCUUUUGUCACAGUUCUUGCCUUUCUCCCCCUCAAAUAAUUUGUACAGGAGAGAAACUGUGUAAAAGCUUUGAAUGUGGAAAGAACUUCAAUCACAGUUCUAACCUUCUAUCAAAGAACUCACACCUGUUUGGGGGGCAUUAAAUACAUUGGCAGUAAGAGCUGUUGUCUGUAGGUCUGGGACAGACCUCUUCAAGGGAAGGGGUGGUAUUAUAGGACUGGAGAUUAGACUGCAUGUAAGCUGUGAGUUGCUCCCAAGCCUGUGGUUUUACAUCUGUAUGGUGAGAUUCUGUAGUGGAAGGAACUUGAAGUUGUCGAACCAGUCUCUUUGUUACAAUGGUCCUAGUUAAGUUUGUUAAGCAUUUGUUUGCAUGACAAAAGGAGUUGGCCAAGUACAAAAAAAAAAAAAAGUACAAGUACAAAAGAGGCAGACUCCUCCACAGAAUCGUUGUGGGUGGUGAUACCAUGCCCCAGGAGGGACUUAAUACUGGGAACGAUCUAUCGUCCCCCUGAUCAAAAUGCUCAGGGAGACCUUGAGAUGAGAUAUGAAAUUGAGGAAGCAUCCAAACUAGGAAAUGUGGUAGUAAUGG